AUGCCCAGUUAGUGUGGCACCGUUCAUCUUUCAGGCGAAAACCCCGAUAUGCAAGAGUUAGGAGGGAAAAUCCUCCCGAGAAAUGAAAAAAGUCGGGAGUUCCAAAUCCGGUAAAACGGUGAUGAUGUUGAUGGUUCCAUUGGAAUCAUCGAGGGUUUAGUGUAAAGCAGAGUCCCGUGCCUUCGUAGUCUCCAUCCGUUCCAUUCCAUUUCCUUUUAGCCUUCUCUGAUUUCUCAUACCCUCAUAGAUCUUAUCGCGUCGGGCUUUAUAUUCUUACCCGCCUACGUCCCCAUUCUCUACAUUAGUUGGUUAUAACUAACCCCAAUUGAGCACAGAAGAAGCAAAUUCUUGCAUUUGGUUUCUAGGUUUACUUCCCAUGGCUUCCUUCACUGUUCCUUGCCCCAAGUGUCCUUCUCCUGCUCCUUUGAGCUUCAACUCACUGAAUCUUCAACGGCACUCGCAGAAGCUGCUCGUUCACAAUGGCUUGAGCUUAACACCUGCUCUAUCAUCCGGAUCUUCGCGAGCUGGUCUUGCAUCGUCUGGGUUUCAGUGCCUAAACAGAAAGCGAUUUUCAGGAUGGAAAUUACUUGCAAAAGUUAAUGAGGCUACUACAGCUGAAGCUCCUUCAAAUUCUGCAGCUGUGCGUGCCUCUGGAUCUGGAGUUGGUACAUCGAAAGAGGAAGAUGAGCCUAAUGAGAAACCCUCGGGUCCAAGUGCUAUUGCAGAUGUAUCUUCAGUCGCUGCAUUCAUGACUCAAGUGUCAGAUCUUGUAAAACUUGUGGAUUCUAGAGAUAUCGUGGAACUGCAACUUAAGCAGUUUGACUGUGAACUCCUGAUAAGGAAAAAGGAAGCUCUGCAACCCCCGCCAGCCCCAAUUCUAUCCCCUGCGCCACCACAAGUGGCCUACCCUGCAGUCCCUUCUAUGCCACCACCAGCUCCAGCUGUUGCUGCUUCUCCUGCCGGCCCACCAUCUUCAAAACCAGCACCUUCCUCGCCCACCCCUGGAAAAGCAAGCCCGUCGUCAUUGCUUCCACCAUUCAAGUGUCCAAUGGCUGGAACAUUUUAUCGGAGUCCUGCACCUGGUGAACCACCAUUUGUCAAGGUGGGAGAUAAAGUGCAGAAAGGCCAGGUCGUUUGCAUUAUCGAGGCUAUGAAACUGAUGAAUGAAAUUGAAGCUGAUCAAUCGGGAACAAUAACUGAGAUACUUGCGGAGGAUGGUAAACCAGUCAGUGUAGACACGCCACUUUUUGUAAUUGCGCCGUGAGUACGGAGCUUCCUUAGAUUGCAAUCUGCUUUGUUGGAUGAUGACGUGAAUUUCUCGGGAUAUUUUUCAAUGACCACUGGCCUUCAGAAACAACUUUUGCAAUUAUAUUAGCUUCAUUUCUAGAAAUUCUUGUUAUAAAAUCUUCACAAAGAAAAAUUAAAAAAAAAAAAAAAACAAUCUAGAGACGUUGGAGGCAUAAAGAGACGGCAUUGAUAUUAAUAUCAGCAGGACUUGCGGUUCUAAACAGUUUUGAAAAAACUCUAGCAUAGAUGUCUGGUGCAUUGAAGUGUUCCAACUUCCAAUAUUCUUGUAUCAUCUUUCUGGUUGGAAAAAACACGAUCACUUGUGGAGUUAUAUACUUAUUUCAAAAAUGGCGACCCUAUGGUGGACAAAGUCUA